UGUGUGCCGCGUUCUAUCAUUUACAGGCUGCAAGGAGCGCACAUCGUCGUUUGCUUUUCAAAAUAAUUACAUCAAAAUGGCUGUGGAAUCAAGAGUAACACAGGAGGAAAUCAAGAAAGAGCCAGAGAAGCCAGUGGACAGGGAGAAGACAUGUCCCCUUCUUUUGAGAGUGUUCACCACCAACAACGGCAGACAUCAUCGCAUGGACGAGUUUGCACGCGGAAAUGUGCCCUCUAGCGAGCUUCAGAUUUACACCUGGAUGGAUGCUACCUUGAAAGAACUGACAAGUCUGGUGAAAGAAGUCUAUCCGGAAGCGAGAAAGAAAGGCACACAUUUCGGGUUUGCCAUCGUUUAUCCAGACCCCAAAUGACAAAUCUACAGGGUCAAAGAGAUUGGCAAUACAGUUUCAGGUCGCAAAGGUGCCGAUGAUUCCAUGACGCUUCAGUCUCAACGUUUUCAAAUAGGAGAUUACCUAGACAUCGCCAUUACUCCACCUAACCGCGCGCCUCCACUCCAAGGACGUAUGAGACCCUACUGAGACAGAUUGGCCUUCAUUAAAACAUGCAGAUGGUGUUGACUUGUCAGGGGUGCUGAAUGUUGCUUCUGGAGAUCUACAUUCCUGCAUAGUUUAGUUUGAGCCUGUAUUUUUAGGUGACCAAACAUCUUGCUUAACUUCUUUAAAUGUUUGUAAAGUUAAAACUAGGCUCUGCAGGAAGAUACAUGUCUAGCAGCAAGAUCGAGUACCCUUGUGAGUGAAUAUUGGGUUUUGGAAGUUGUGUAGAUAUAUUGUUUCCAUAUAUUUUAUGUUCAUUAUGGGGUUUUAUACGAGAUCUACCUUUUAGAUUUAGACUUGUUGCCAUAACCUUCAUUAAACAUGAUUUCUCCAGUA